AUGAGUGAUAUUAGUGAUUAGGAACCAGAAAACUCAGAAAUUGAUGAUAAUUCACGCAGUCAUUCAAGUGGUGGAAAUGAAAUUGAACCAGAGGAUUCUGUUAUUGAUACAAGUGAUUAAGAUUCAGCAGGUAUAUGUGGAGGAAUACAUUUAAUUUAGAAAAAAAUUCUGUGACAUCAGAAUCUGAUUCAGAUGAGGAUUAAUAGAUUUUAAGAUCAGGAGCACAAAUGUCUCAAAGCAAAGGAAGAAAAGUAAAUAAAAAUGAAAGAAUUACACCACCAUUUUUAACUAAAUAUGAAAGAGCUAGAGUAAUUGGUACAAGAGCACUUCAGAUUAGUAAAAAUAGUCCUAUUUAUGUUGAUCCAAGUAUAAAAAUGAUGGAAAUAUUAAAUAGAGGAAACAACAGAUCCUAUUUUAGUUGCUUAACAAGAACUUAAUGAAAAUAAAAUUCCAUUUAUAAUUCGAAGAUAUUUACCAAAUGGAAAUUUUGAGGAUUGGGAAUUAUAGGAAUUAGAGCGUCUAGAUUGAU